GUCAAAAUACGGUCAAAAUUAACAUUUUGUCAAUCAGAAUUUUACACUUAAGCAAUGUCUUACAUUUAUUAUUAAAUAGAAAGUAUGGAAUCAACUGUAAAAGAGAGCGAUGGGCGUUGUGCCUGUGAGAUAGGUCCGUCAUUGGCUGUGCUUAACGAUGUGCACAAGGCCUAUGAAGAGAAAAUGGAUCUCAUAAAUCAGACUGCCGGCUCACAGAAACUGCAAAAGCAAGUGCAAUUGCUACAGUCGUGGGUGGGUGACCUUGUCGCUCAGAACACCCUUUUGGCACGCACUGUAGAGGAACUGGAAAUUGAAUUGACAUCCCGUGUACUAAGUGAACGCAGAAAGUUUUCCGAGAAAGACAAAAGCAAGAAUGUUAUAUCCGAAGAAGUGAAUGAGCUGAAAAUUAACAUUGACUCUUUACAAAGAGAUAAUCUUAAUAAGGAAAGAGAAAUACGAAAGCUGAGCAAGGAAGUGCAACAACACGAACAGACAAUCAGUAGUCUCCGAAAUGAUAUAUCGAUGUCGAAAUACCACACGCCGGAUGUAAGCAGAAAAGACGCCGCUGUUACAGUGGAAAUAUGCUGUUCCGCAAAUAAAGAGUGUGGCGACGUAGAACCCGUGAAGGAAGGCAGCGCGAGAGACGAGGAGGUGCAGUACCAGGAGCGAAUACAACACAUGGAGUCGAGUGGUCAGAAUGUUCGAGCCCUAAGAGAAGUUAACGUGUCUUUAUCAGAGGAAGUACAAGCCCUGCAUCGCGUGUGCGCGGCCUUGGAUGAGCAAUGCCGUGUGUCAGCCCUGCGAGCGCAGUUCAAAGACGAAAUUAUACGGGAGAUGCGCCGCCAACUCAAAUGGGCUAAAGCUAAGCUGAAGGAGUCAGACCACAAGAGCAACACAGAGCCGACAAGCAGUCAGUCUUACGGAUCCGUACGACGUAGUAAUGGGAGGGAGAGGGACUUACCUGAUCUUGAUAUGAAUCCUGACUGGAUAUGCCAGAAUAGAAUCUACGACGGCUCCGGGGACGUUGUUUCAUAUGGAAGAGAUUAGAUUUCUGAUCUCCUGUUAUUCUGCAUUUCGACCUUACUAAGAAUUCCCAUAUAACCUUUACGUCAGAAUUAUUAUAUAAUUUAUUAUAUUAGCCAGGCUUGACUUGACCACGAUUAGUACCAUC